GCCCACGCCGCCGCGAUGGUGGAGCUGCCGGUGGCCGCGCUGGUCCUCGCGCUCGCCUUCUUCGCGCUGCUGGACGGCUGGUACCUGGUGCGCGUGCCCUGCGCCGCGCUGCGCGCGCGCCUGCUGCAGCCGCGCGUCCGCGACCUGCUGGCCGAGCAGCGCUACGGCAGCCGCGUGCUGCCCUCCGACCUGGACCUGCUGCUGCACAUGAACAACGCGCGCUACCUGCGCGAGGCGGACGUGGCGCGCGCCGCGCACCUGGCGCGCUGCGGCGUGCUGGGCGCGCUGGGCCGUCUGGGCGCGCGCGGCGUGCUGGCCGCCUCGUGCGCGCGCUACCGCCGCCCGCUCCGCCUGUUCGAGCCCUUCGAGGUGCGCACCCGCCUGCUGGGCUGGGACGACCGCGCCUUCUACCUGGAGGCCCGCUUCGUCAGCCUGCGCGACGGCUUCGUGUGCGCCCUGCUGCGCUCCCGCCAGCACGUGGUGGGCGCCUCGCCGGACCGCGUGGUGCAGCACCUGUGCCAGCGAAGGGUGGAGCCCCCUGACCUCCCGGAGGACCUGCAGCACUGGAUCGCCUACAAUGAGGCCAGUAGCCAGCUGCUCCGCGCCGAGAGUGGACUCGGAGACGCCACCAAGGACCAGUGACGCUGCCUCUGCACGCCAGCUCCCCUGACAGCAGGCCUGGCGGGCUUCUGGCUGGACCGGCCUCGAGACCAACCCAGGUCCCCUCGCCCGCUUGACGCCCUGUGCCAGGUCCCACGCUGGUAGCUGAUGAGAUGGCAUUGGUACCCCGGCUCCCUCUGCGGGGGUCGGAGGGCACAGGGCCCUGGCCGUCCCUGUAGUGAGGCCCCGGGGGAGGAGGAGCCUGGAGUCAGUUGUGUGUGUGUGUGUGUGUGGCCAGGGCAGGCCUGGCACGCGCUGGGUCUCUGCCCCUGAGUCGGAGAUAGUGAUACCCAGGAAAGGGCCACCUUAGAGCCAGGGACGCUGAGGCCUGGAGUGCCCAGAGCCUCUGAGAACACGGAGCCAAAUGGGAGCUGGGCCCGCUUGACAGUAAGAGCACUGAGGCACAGCCCGGGCGUGGGGCUCCCCUGCCUGUGCCCGACACCCGCUCUGUCAUCCAGGGAGGGACGGCAUCUGGAAGCUGCCUCCUUGCUGUCCCGCUGGGAACUGGAGCGUCCCUCACCUGCACCCCUCUCCAUGCCGCUCUUCUCACCCUAGUGCUAAGGGAGCUGCUGCUGUUCUCUUUUAUUUAUGGAAAGCACACAAGUAAAGAGUUUUAAAGCGUG